AAAUGUGCACAGGCACAGGCUCAAAAAUAUGGAGGAGGCUGCUAAGAUCCACAUCCAAAGCAAUGUUUUUUAUACACUUCCAAACGCGUCAUUUCAUUUCACCGAAGGAUCACACAACAACCUUAUGUCAAAUAGUUGCAACCCACGCCAUAGAUCCGUAAAUGGAAAGCUUGCUAAUUAUCCAUCCUGCGGAUAAAAACUGGGUUGCUAUUUUCCCCUGUCCUGCUGCUCAGUUGGCAAGCGCAGCAGGCUCGCAGCUUCUGCGAUGGUCACACGGGGGAACGUUUCAAGCCGAAAGCAAGCCGUUUGCACAGCCGGCUUCUGGCCAGGAUUUGCAAGCGAGCGCUUUAACCCUCCACCCCACCUCGCACCCCUCCUAAGUGGCAUGCAAAUAAAUAUCAGGGAAGAGAGGGAGAAAACCGCCCAGCGAGCAAAUGUAAGCGCUGCUACUAUUGGCCCGUGCAGAGGGCGGGGAGGACCGGUGUCAUUUCGCCGCGUUGCAUCACGCGCCCCCGGGCCUCGAGCAAAGGAGCCCGCCCACUCCGAGGCGAAUUUGGCCGGCAAAGGGAAGGGAAGGAAGGAGGCUCGCUCGGCUCCGCGGCUAAGAUUGGCUCCGGGAGGCGGGCUGGGCCCUGCCUCGAUAGGGCAGGAGAGCUGUCACACUCCUCGCCGAAUCGAGUUUCUCGCCUUUUACGCACGGCCAUUGCGCGCAGGGAAAUAUUUGGAGAAUUCGCCGGGGAGAAGCGUGUCGACUGCUGGUUGCCACUGCUUUUCCUCCUCCUCCUCCUCCUCUUUGCACGGGUGGAGUGCUCUGGUCCAGCGGGAGAGGCAGGACCGGCCGCCUUGCUACGCAUCUCCUCGAGGGCAAGCCUUGCCAGGUAACAAGAGAAAGCUCGCGCCUUCGCCAGCUGCUCGCUUGCUUCCCAUUCAGCUUUCUUGCAUUGCUUGCGCUUCCCAGGAAGCUACGGGAGGCGGCUGGAAGGUUGCAAUUCUCCUCUGUCGCCGCCGCCUCCUCGCGUUGGCGCGCAGAAGGAACGUUUCCAAGCCGCCGUUCGUCCCCUAUUUUAUGCAUCUUUCCAGGGCUUCCCGCCGAGGCGUCCUCUUGGUGCUCAGUUUUUGGUGUGGACAUGCCCUGCUAAGGAAGAGGAUGGGUUUCCCCACCUCCCUUAAUUUCUGGGUUUUGUUGCGCGCUCGGUUGACAGGUUUGGCUUGCAAGCCUCGACCCAUUUUCUCCAGGGUUGUCCCAAAUUGCAUGUAUGCAGAUUACUCACCCUGCUUGCAGGCCGAAUUUGAAUACAGCACUUGCUUGUGGAAAAGAGCCUGGCUGAACACAGUACUGUAUAUCACAAGCAAAUGUGAUUAGGACUGUAUCGCUCGACGGCUACAGAUGCUGCCGCCUAAAAACGUGGAGCGUUCCUCGACGGUCCAGUUUUAAAGUACCUUGGACGACCCUGUCAGGAUCUGACUGAGGGCCGACCCAAGACUAAUAUUCUGUAUCCUUCAGUUGCAAAAAAAUACAAUUAUUUUUAAUUAGCGUUUUCAAGUGUUCAGGGCCCUUUUGAAGCACAGAGCUGUAAGGGACACCCCAGGGUCAUCCAGUCCAGCCCCCUUUCAAUGCAGUUUCCACAACAACCCUGCGAGGUAAGUCAGCAUUCUUAUUACCCAUAGAUAGAGAGCUGAGGUCGAGAGACAGCCUUUGCCUAAAUUCACGCCGUGAAUACAUGGCUCGGGCGAAAUUUGAUCCGGGUACCUCUUUAGCCACUAUGAUUCAGCGACUCUGGCUGCUGGUUUCCAUGGCAGCUGAUAGGCAGAGAGAUACAUUGCCUUUGAACCUGGACGUUCCAUUUUAGUUGUUACGAGUAAUAACUGUUUAUAGACCCCCAUAAAUUUUAUCUGCUCAUUCCGCCGCCGCCCCCUCACCUGGCCACUAGUUUAAGUUCUUAACUGUAGAGGGUAGCUUGCCAUUUAGAGACAUGUGAUCCAGCCCUUCACCUUGCAUUCCUCUCCUUCCUAUUAUUUUUUAAAGACACAUCAUUCCCAGUUCGUUUGUUGCGCCUUUAAACCCGCAGGCUGCUCCGUUGCGCUUGCCUUAAAGCAAGAAAACGGGCUCGUGUUUCUUACUGGCUUCUCUCCAGGGGAAACAUAUGUGCGUGGUCCCCCCACCUUUAUUUUGCGGCGGGUUUUUGUUUUGUUUUUAACAAGUAUCCCCCACCCCCGCUCCGCCGGCAGUAGAAUCGCGCGAGUUGGAACUCGGGACGGCCCUUCCCUCCGGGUCUCGACUUCACAGUCGCGUUUCUCCUUAAGGCGAUGUUUGGUGCACACGAGGGUGCCUGUUUCUAGAAGAAUCGCAUGGAAGGAAGCCGUUGGCGGCAGCAGCUUCCUCCAGCGCUCUCGGCUGGCUGCGGUGCAAAUGGCGCUUGCUUGCCAGGAACUCGAACAGGAGGGCGGGCUGGGCUGGUGCAGACGGAGCUGCGCAACAGCGGCGGCGAAUGUUGGAAACCGCCGGGUUCUAGAACGCGAGCCCGGGGAAUUCCAAUUUGGAACGCGGAUUCAAAUUUGGAACGCAGCUGAAGCCGCUGGAAGAACGCCUGCUGUUCAUCCCAAGGGGGGAAGGGAGGAGAGGCGUGGCUCGGUUUUCUCUCUCUUGCGUGCGCCUUCUCUCUUUACAAGCAAGGAGGCGGUGUCUUCGCUCUGGUGGAAGAGAAAAUUUUCCAACUUGCGUGACGCAACCGAUACGCCCAUGGUGCCCUCCUAGUGGUGCAGCAAAAUAAUAAUAAUAAUAAUUGCUAGCGCAUUUGCAAAACUAACCAUGAUCCAGGGGAUGCGUUCAAAUUGAAUUGGGACCGCGUGUUGAGAUCCCUGCAUUGGCCUCGAUGACCCUCGGGGGUUUCUUCCGUGUCUGAUUCCUUUUGCUAUUCGUGGAAACAGAGACACACCCCUGCGCUGACGUCAGGAGUUGUGCCCGCCUCAGUUAGGACCCCCUCUCCGAUAUCUCUCCUCCAGACCUCUGGAGUUGCUCCUCCUUGUAGCCUAUUGACCUGCUUUCUCCUAAAUCUGUCAGUAGUGCGAAGGAGAAGUUGCUUCCAUAUGCCAAGCCCUGGGCAGCUUUGUGGACACUGCUCAAAGAAAGAGGGCAGAUAAAUGGCCUGGAAGGGAUGAUAGUAGUGAAGCCCGCCCUCUCAGGGAAUGUGUUGCCUGCCCCCCCCUUUGCAUUUUAUUUAAGGGCCCACCAAAAUCUGGAACGAGCUCUGAAUCUUUCUUUGAGACCUUGUGUAGGGGAUAUGAGCACUCAAAGCAGUAAUUUGCUGUGCGUGGGAAAGUGGAUUUCUCCCUUUGUCCAUUGCCAUUCCAAAGUGUUCUGGAUUGACCUUUGAGUCCCUGCUUGAAAGUAGUAUUAGACAGGGAGGUCUUUUUCCUAUGGUGGCUCCAUGCUUUUCAAACUCUUUGCCUAGAUAGGUAGGUGUGGCUCUGAUCUUUUUUCCAUUUAAUAAGACCUUGAGGAUUCCCUGCUUCUCCCCCCCCCCCCAUUGUUUUUAGUUGGUAUUUAUUUUAGUUGUUUGGUAUUUAACUGCUACUUUUUAAAUUCUUCGUUUUCUGCAUUUGCUGCAUACUUUCCUGUGCUGAUUUAAUGUUUUAUUGCUGCCAUAACCUGCUUAGAUGUCUUAGUGUGGUUUUUUGAAAUUGCACUUUUAUGGCUUGCAAAUUACCCUGCGGGUGAGUUUUGUGUUUUUAUAUCCCGUGAGUCACCUUGGUUAAUCCCAAAAGGUGGCUUGUAUAAGAAUCUAAACAAAUUAAAGUUUAUGUCCAAAUGCUCAAAGGCAGGCUUUCUCAAACUCGGCCCUCCAGAUGUUUUUGGCCUACAACUCCCACAGUCCCUAGCUAGCAGGACCCAGUGGUCAGGGAUGAUGGGAAUUGUAGUCACAAAACAUCUGGAGGGCCAAAUUUGAGAGAGCCUGCUCAAAGGUCUCUUCUCUCCACCCUGCCCCAUUUGAUCCUUGCCAACAACUGGAAGGUAGGUUAGGCUGCAAGAGAGGAACCAAUCAAAAGUCACUGAGUGAGCUGGAAUGGGAAUUUGAACCCAGGACAUUCUGCGUUUCAGUCGGCAUAUUUCAGAAAGUGCCAAUAAGGUAGAUUUGCCUUUAAAUGCAAACUGAUUCAAAUUCCUCCCGCCUUCUUAAAUGGAUUGUAAUGUCUUGUUGCCAGUUGGCAUGGAAUGCACCAAUCCUGCUGGUCCUAUUGCAGGGCUGAGAAAAUAAAGUACCCACGAGCCAGCAUUAGAUGUGUUAGUGACUGGUUCGUACAGGUUUGACUUUGAACACAUACACCCAUGCAAGCAUCACAUAGGCAAUUGUGACUUGCCAGCCCAUAAACCCUGUGCAAGGCAUCCUAUUGCCUGGCUGGUCUUGAAUCAAGACCCUGCAGCAGUGACAGCCAGGUAAAUCCUUAGAAGUGCAUGAGUUGCUCAGCUUUACAUGCGAGUAUGUUCUUAACUUGGGGCUUAAAGCUGUAAAUAGCUUGCAGGAUUUAAUUUAUUGAGAGAGUCCAAAAGCCUUUGUUGCCUCUCUGUAUUGGGUAACUAUGCAGAUUAUGUGGAAAAAAAGAAACCUGUGCUUGUGCAGCCAGCUAUGUCUUUAAACAGGUGAUGGGACAAGGGACUUCAAAGGGCAGUUGUUUUGCACCUCCCUCUUCCCAGGAGUGCAGUUUUUCUUACAGCAGUAAUCAACACAUUUAUACACCCCGUAGUCCAGCCUUUUCUCAGCCUUGAGUCCCCCAGAUGUUGUUGGACUACAACUCCUUCAUCCCAUCAUAGUGACUGGGAGUGGCCGCCGAGACCACAUAACACCGGUCUUGAAAGACCUACAUUGGCUCCAGUACAUUUCCGAGCACAAUUCAAAGUGUUGCUGCUGACCUUAUUAGCCCUAAACAGCCUUGGCCCAGUAUACCUGAAGGAGCGUCUCCACUCCCAUCGUUCACUGAGGUCCAGCGCCGAGGGCCUUCCCUCACUGUGAGAAGCCAAAUUACAGGGAACCAGGCAGAGGGCCUUCUCGGUAGUGGCACCCGCCCUGUGGAAUGCCCUCCCAGCAGAUGUCAAAAAGAUAAACAACUGCCUGAUGUUUAGAAGACAUCUGAAGGCAGCCCUGUUUAGGGAAGUUUUUAAUGUUUGGUGUUUUAGUCAUAGUGUGUUUUUAAUCUUUAUUGGAAGCUGCCCAGAGUGGCUGGGGAAGCCCAGCCAGAUGGGCAGGGUACAAACAAUAAAUUAUUAUUAUUAUUAUUAUCCCUAGUUAUUAUUAUUAUUAUUAUUAUUAUCCCUAGGUAGCAGGACCGGCAGUCAGGCUGCUCCUAGUCACUGUGAGGUUUUUUGAAGCUCGGAGGGAGUGAUCCAAAUUUCCACAUGGUAGAAAUCUUCCCUGUUUCAAAGAAUUUACAUAAGCAAUGCUUUGUAGCUUUUGGCUGCACUCUGAAGCAAGGUCAUUCCUCUAUAAUCUUCCCACCUCAGCUUGUGUGAAAAAAACUUCCGCUGAACCUGUUUUAACCCUUCAGGCACUGCUGGCUGUUUACACACCUUUGCUGAAACAUUCUUCUGAGCAGUAGGUGGAAAAUUCCACCACUACCACUGAGCCAAAAUCCCCAGUGGUAGGAUCAGCUUCCUCUUGAAAAAGAACAGAACACUUAAAGGUAUAAUUGUGAUUUUUUGUAUUGACUCUGAUCACACUGGUGGGCUUCUGGGACUCAGUAAAACCUUCCCCACAAAGUAAUAUUCGCUUUCUGCAGCUGUAUGGUUGUUUGACUUAUUUCCCCUCUGCUACUGAUUCCUGUUUCUUGUGUCUUCCCUUCCUUUUGCUUUUUCCUAAGCAGCAGACGCGGGUGGCUCUGUGGGUUAAACCACAGAGCCUAGGACUUGCCGACCAGAAGGUUGGCGGUUCGAAUCCUCACAACGGGGGUGAGCUCUCAUUGCUUGGUCCCUGCACCUGCCAACCUAGCAGUUCAAAAACACAAAGUGCAAGUAGAUAAAUAGGGAAGGUGGCAUUUCCGUGCGCUGCUCUGGUUCGCCAGAAGCGGCUUAGUCAUGCUGGCCACAUGACCCGGAAGCUGUACGCCGGCUCCCUCGGCCAAUAAAGCGAGAUGAGCGCCGCAACCCCAGAGUCGUCUGCGACUGGACCUAAUGGUCAGGGGUCCCUUUACCCUUAAACAGCAGAUAGGCAAAUGUGCUCCUCUAGGAAGGCAUAGCCCCCCAAUGAAAGUUCCUAAGAUGGAGCAACUUCAUUUUAAAAUUAAUAUGUUUAUAUAGGCAACUUCUUCUUCCAGGGAGCCAAUUCUUGUAGUUGGCAUUCAACAACAUGUGGAGGGGUGACAAGUUGCCUAUCCCAACGCUGAAGGCGCCCUAGUGUCCGUAUUGGGAAUUAUAGUGGCUGGGUGGGGGCAGUGGAUGAAUGACUAAGCUCGUAUUUAGAAUUUUCUCCAACUGGAAAACUACCUGGGAGACCAGCUCAGAUGGCUGCACUACCUGAAGAGGCAGGGCAUAGGAAGACGAAAGGUGGAGUUGCAACUCGUGCUUCUCCUUGGGAACUGUGUAUUCUGGUGACCUGGUGUCAUUACAGGUCCAGACCUUUAUAUAAAUAAAUGUUGGCACAGCAACAGCGCUGGCUCAGCUACCUCUUGCCCUGUAUCCAGUGGAGAACAGAUCUCCAUACUUACACCUGCAAUCAUUAUGAAUGUGGAAGUUCAGGUUUCUAUUACCUUUUCAUUCCGCCCUUGUUCAGAGUAGUUGUUCUUUUCCUCACCCCAUUUUAUCCUUUCACUUACUAACACUGUAAUUUAGGAAGUGACCAGCCCCAGGACUACUUAUCAAAUUUCGGGGGGGGGGGAGGAGAUUUGAAUCUGGGUCUUCCUGUGGAGAUGACACAGAGGGUUGUAGCAUUCCUGAACUAGAAAACACAGGAUACCUUUUUUGUGUGUGUGUGUGUGUUGGGGCUGAGGGUGUUAUAAAGUUUAGUUCUGAACUCUGAUCCCUGUGUGAAAUUAUAUUCACUGAAAUUAGAAGUCUUGGUUGACUGCCACUAGUAGCCAGUGAAGCGGUUGUUGUUAGUAUAUAAAUCCUUUACCAACUUGGGCUCAUUCUGUGGAACUUUGAAUUCUACAAGUGUCACACAGUGUUAAUUUGGCAGUGGUAAGGAGUCAUUCUCUUCGCCUGGUAGCACUGUACUUUUGGAACUCCCUGCCUAUUGACAUGAAGCAAGCACCAUCGCUGCAUUUUACUAGAUAUUCUGUUUCAGCUGGCCUAUCCAGAAACAUAAUCUGGUUCAAAGAAUCAUAUGGAAGUGACCACUGGGGUCAUCUAGACCAGCCCCCUGCAAUGCAGGAAUCUUUUACCCGGUGUGGGGCUUGAACCCAUGACCUCAAGUCUACCAGCAGAGCAAUUCCAGCAGUCAAUAUGGUUACAAUAUGGUUUUAUUGUUUUUAGAUGAGUUUAAUAGUCUUUAGACAUUUUAAACAAGUUGUAAGUGUAUUCUUGAUUGUAUUUUUUUUAGUCACAGAUGUGUUUGUUGCCCUGGGCUCCUUUGGGAACAAAAGGCAGGAUAUACAUUUAAUUGUUGUUGUUUAGUCGUGUCCGACUCUUUGUGACCCCCUGGACCAGAGCACGCCAGGCACUCCUGUCUUCCACUGCCUCCCGCAGUUUGGUCAAACUCAUGCUGGUAGCUUCGAGAACACUGUCCAACCAUCUCGUCCUCUGUCGUCCCCUUCUCCUUGUGCCCUCCAUCUUUCCCAACAUCAGGGUCUUUUCCAGGGAUGUCUUCUCUUCUCAUGAGGUGGCCAAAGUAUUGGAGCCUCAGCUUCAGGAUCUGUCCUUCCAGUGAGCACUCAGGGCUGAUUUCCUUCAGAAUGGAUAGGUUUGAUCUUCUUGCAGUCCAUGGGACUCUCAAGAAAAUUAAGUAAAUAAACAUAACAUUCACCUGUCUUAUUCUAACUAUAGGUUCAGUAUUGUUGAUGUGAAUGGAGCCUUAUUUCAGUCCAAAUGCUGGGUGUUUGCAGUCUAAUUUCUUUUUGGUGAAUGUGAGUUAAACAUCAAUGAGAAGGAAAAGUGCUCAGCUGUGACCGGCUCAGGCCUGUUGUGCAUUUGACUAUCAAAACUCACAAGAGCAAACAUGCAUUUCAUUAGCUGGGAGUUGACAUUUGAUAGGGUGCACGGAAAUGAGUUUCCUUUGCUUUCAUUCAGCUUUGAUUGAAAAGAAAGGAAAGACAUGUCUGGCACGCAGGAGUCCUAAAACUGGGUUGCUGAGUCACGGGACCAACCUGGUCCAGCAAGAAAACUGCUAGCACAUUUGCAAAGCUAAGUAGGGUCCAGUGCUGUUUCAAGUUGGAUAGGGGGCUGUGUGUUGAGAUUGGGAUCGGACUAAUGACCCCCAGGCGUUGCACAUUCCCCCGGCUGCUAAUAUGUCCUAACUCCAUAGAAAACAUCAACGCAAACUUUCUUUUUUGUUUCCCCUCCCUAGGCCAGAUCUCUUUAUUUUGGGGAUAUUCCGAGACCUGCUUCCCACGGUUCUCUUCUCCGCCCCAACACCCGCGGAUCCCAAGUUAUGUCCACUGCUCUAAUUAAUCUGGUUAGAAACGGAGGCCACCAGGUGAGGAGGAGAGCACUGCUGACGUCGCGCCUGUUGCAAGACGACAAGCGGGCGGCGGCUAUUUGCCCGAGCUCCACCAGCGUACGCCGAACAUCUCGCUUCGACUUGGACGGCAGCGGCCGCCCGGCCACGUGGGACUCCUUCGGGAUCUGGGACAACCGCAUCGAUGAGCCCAUCCUCCUCCCGCCAAGCAUAAAAUAUGGGAAGCCCAUCCCCAAAGUCAGCCUGUCCAAGGUGGGCUGCGCCAGCCACAUUGGGAAGCGGAAGGAAAACGAAGACCGCUUUGAUUAUGCCCAGCUGACUGACGAGGUCCUGUAUUUUGCCGUUUACGAUGGGCACGGUGGGGUGGCGGUGGCGGACUUCUGCCAUAAGCACAUGCAGGGAUUCAUCCAGUGAGUAAACGAAUUCUCCUUGGGGGUUUUUUUAAUUAUAGUGGGGUGGGGUGGAGGAUAUUGCACAGUUGAGUAGGAGAAACAUCUUGAUGUGUAUAAGCUAGGCACCCAAGGGCGCCUUAAAGCGAGAACGGGGCCUUCUCUGCAGUGGCUCCCCGUCUGUGGAAUGCUCUUCCCCAGGGAGGUUCGCCUGGCACCUUCAUUAUACACCUUUAGGCGCCAGGCAAAAACGUUCCUUUUUAAUCAGGCCUUUGGUUGAUCUGACUAUGCCCUUUUAAAACAUGGCUCUUUUUUGGGGGGGUGUUAUUGGGUUGUUUUUCUUUUGAUUAUGUAUUUUGUGGUUUUAUAUCUUGAUUUUAUUCUGUGAACCGUCCUGAGACCCCCGGGGUAUAGGGUGGUAUAUAAAUUCAAUUAAUAAUAAUAAUAAUAAUUAAUUAAUGAACCACGGUUAUAGACUCUACAACAGGAUGUCUUCGCCCGGCAGGUUGGAUGAGAUGAUGUUCAGGGUCCCUUCCAAAUCUGAUUCUAUGAUCUUAGCUACAUUGCUGGGCUGUAGCCUGCUCUUACAACACUUCACUUGUCCCACUAUGCAAGAAGGAUAAACACACACAGUGGAAAUGGAAUUAACUAUGCACUAAGGCAGUGGUUCUCAAACUCUGGUCUGAGUUCCGUUUGGGUGGCCUGUGGAAAGGCACAGUAAAAUAUACCUGUACUCAGCCCUGCACUUCCUUUCUUUGAUGGGAUAAUUGAGGACUAAGAUGCCCAGCAAAGGGGUCCAUGAUUCACAUGAGUCAGCUGGCUUGAUGGAGAUGUCAGCUGCCAACCUGGUGCCGAGAGAUCUUCAUGUAGUUUCAAUUGGACCCGCGCCAGUAGCAAAAGGAACCAGGUGGCCUGGGGAAUUUCAAACAGUGGUUCAGAGCAGUUCAGUGGUGGGAUCGGUUAUCUGGGGUCUGAGGGUGUGUGAGUGCUUGUAGUAAGUAAGUAAAGUAAGUAAGUAAAAAAAAAUUUAUACCCCGGCCAAGACUGGGCUCAGGGCAGCUAAUAUCAAAUGCAUUAAAACAAAAUCAAACAAUUGAUUAAAAUACAGCUUAAAAAUUAGAAUCAGGAUAAAAUUAAAUGACUGCCCACGAAUUACAACCAUAGGGGUCGGGAAUCUCAAGUAUUCCUCAGGGCCAGUUAUCCAUGUUGGUCCCACAUGAGCCGAUAAAAGGGCCAAAGAGGUAACUUACAGGUUCCCAUAGAUGGGGGGGUCAAAGGUCAGGCAGAACAGCUCCGUCUUGCAGGCCCUGCGGAAAGAUGUCAAGUCCCGCAGGGCGCUGGUCUCCUGCGAUAGAGUGUUCCACCAGGCUGAGCCAAAGCCGAAAAGGCCUUGGCCCUUGUUGAGGCCAGUUUAACCUUGAGGCCCGGGACCUAUUAUUUGAGGACCAUAAGGUCCUCCGUGGGGCAUACCAGGAGAGGCGGUCCCAUAAGUACGAGGGUCCUAGGCCAUAUAGGGCUUUAAAGGUUAACAUAGCGGUUCUCACCCUGUGGGUCCCCGGAUGUUGUUGGACUACAACUCCCAUCACCCCUAGCUAGCAAGGCCAGAGCUCAGGGAUGAUGGGAGUUGUAGUCCAACAACACCUGGGGACCCACAGGUUGAGAACCGCUGGGUUAAAACCUUAUAGGAGGUCUUCAGACAAAGGCUGGACUACUGGGGUGGUCUAGCUCUGGAUUUCCUCCAGUGAGCAGGCAAUAGAGCUAUUUAUUUAUAUAUAUUGAUUAAACAUAUACUCUGUCCUUCAUCCAAGGGUCACAGGGCAGUUAACAGCAUAAAAACGCAAAAAUACACACAACAUAAAAGCAAACGAAGUCAUAGGCUAGAUGGCCUAUGACAGCGUUCAUCAAUCUGCUGUCCUCAUAUAAACAGAGGAAGCUGCCUUAUAUAUUGGUCUGUGUAGCUCUGCAUCAUUCCACUGGCUAGCAGUGGCCUUCCAGGGUUUCAGGUAUACCUGUCUCUCCCAGUCCUACCUGGUGAUGCCAGCGAUUCAACCUGGGACCUGCCCCCAUAGGCCUUCCAGCUCUGCUGAAGGAAGCUGUCCCAAACGUCUGAAGGACAGCUGACUGGUGAAGGCUGGUGUACAAGAUUCCCUCCAGCUGUAUAUGAUGACACCAAUCGCCUACCCAUUGAGAAGGCCAGGGGGAUGAUAUUGGUGCUUUUGCAACUACCGCCACUUUUAUCUCGGUAGCUGAUGUUGGAGGGUUUCUUGGAUUGGAGCUUUUGCACUGCCUUCCUUGGGGAUAAUUUCAAGACUCUCCCUUCCUUGCUUUUUUCCAGAGGCUUUCUCACUGAGGAGCAGAACAUGGAAUUGGUAUUGAUGAAAGCAUUUUUAGAAAUAGACAAAGCGUACGCCAGGCAUGCUCAGUUGUCCGCGGAUGGUAAGUAAGAAGCUUGUUUCCGUUCAGCCGUAAAAGAAAGAUAGGAGAAAAAGAAAUUCAUGUGGCAAUCACUGUUUUUUCUAUUGAAAGUUGAGGCUAGCAGUUGUAGAGAGAGAACGCCAAGUAAAAUAUAGAAGGACUUGCCUGCUUUUACAAAGUUAGCAUGGCUUCAUAAGCCUGUGCUGCUUAAAAUAAAGUUAAAAUAAAUAAUUUGAAAUGUUACCUUCAAGCAGAUGUGUCCACAGCUGAUUUUACACCGCAAGACUGUACACAAGUUUCUGUGUAACUCAGCGGGACUUAAGUUUUGAAAAGGUAUGUUGAGCUGUUGAGCUAAAAUGACUGGGAUCUAGAAGGUUGCGAUGAACAAAAAAGUAUUUCCAUUCGUUGCCACUGGAUAAAAAAUCUCUGUGUUGAUGCACCGACCUCCACUUAACAGAGGUAAUGUUGGCUAACGUCACUGGCAUGGACUAAGCAAUUUAAGGCUAGGCUAUAGUCUUACUUAAAAGCAAGGGCCAUUGAUCUCCAGUACCUUCACAUAAUAGCGGUUGGAUAGUGGGUGCCAAUUCUGUGUUAAAUGCAAGGUGCUAUCCAAGUUACUCAGGUUUUUAAAUUCAGUGGAGACAGGCCUGCAAUGUUGUUGGCCUCAUGUUAUGGCUCAGGCUGUAGAUAACUUGCUCGGUUCUAAGAUAAAAAGAAGCACACAUGCCAAUGCGCUUUUCUAUCAUCUUUUGAUAACAGUCCCAAGCACAACAUCUAGCUUGAUGGUAGAACACAUUUUUACAUGUAGCAGACCCCGGCUUUUCCCGUAAGGAUGGGGAAGACUCCUGUCUGACACCCUGGAGAGAGCCUGCUGGCUUAUAAGAAAAUAUUAAGAUCAACCUUAGGUCUGAUGUUCCAAUACAGCUUCAUAAGUUCAUCCUUGGUGGCUCUUUGCAUCCUGCUUUCUCUUAAAAUAUAACAUGCCUGCCAGCCCAAUGCCUAAUCUCAUUCUCUUGCUAAUGUAUUGUUUAGUUUUACAUGGAUUAAUUAUUAUUGCUCACCAAAUUAAAUAGAUACUUCUUGAUGCAAAAAUAUAUUAAACGACAGCAAUUUUUGUCUCAUGUAUAUCACUAUAAGCAAUCUUAAUGGAAGCAUUUGUUUAGCAUAGUAUCCUUCUUGGAUGGCGGACAUAUUGCAUAGCCAGCAAGGACACUUCUACAGAUCUAGCCUACAAUUCUGCCCAUAUUCUGUUGAGACCUUUGAACCCAAUGUUGAGCCCUUUGAACCCAAUGUGACUUGCUUAUGAGAAAGUAUGCUUGGGAUUGGGCUGCAUGGCUAUGAUCAUAGAAUUGUAGAGUUGGAAGGGAUACUGAGCCCUUGCAAUGCAGGAAUCUCAACACGUGGUCUCUCAUCCGGUUUGAAACCAUACCGGACCCUGCUUAGCUUUGCAAAUGUACUAGCAGUUUUAUUGCUGCCUAUACAUCAGUGAUGGCGAACCUCUGGCCCAUGGGGCCUAAUUACACCUCGCAAGCAGUUUCGUUCAAACUAUGCCUACCUGCCCCACACAAUCAGAAGUUUAAAAUAUGUUCCUGGGCCGUCAAUUUACAGAUGCUUUAUUACAAUCAGACUUGUAGUUAAUGCGCUAUUUGGGUAGUCUGAGUCUUGUUUUACAAUGUUGAUUUAGUAAUGACAGUAUAGUUAGUAAUAAUAAAAAAAAAGGUGUGGUGUAAUUUUUGUUUCCUCGUCUUAAGAAGUUGCCAAUCAAAACCAUGAUUUUUAAAUUCUUCAAUAUGUUAACCUGCAACACUGAAGAAGUGAAAGAGCUGCAGAAACAUGCCUGUUUUUUAUGUUCAGAUUUGUAAUUGUGGCACCAAACUUGGAUGUAUUUGCUACAUUUAUCUACCAGGCCAUUGCUCUGAAGUGAACAGGAAUUAUGCCUUGCAUGUGUCCUAUCCGUCUUAGUGUGGCUGUCAACUAAAUUCCCAGGGAAUUGUACUUAUAGGCUACUGGAGAUGGUGGUCUUUUAAUGUUAAAAUUGGUUGGAGCACAGUAGCCGCAGUGCCCUUUAAAGUAUACAUCUUUGCCUAAUGCAAAUGGUUGGGACUUUUGGACAAAUAUCAGCUAGGCAAAUGCGUAAGUGGGUUUUACUCAGUUAAAAACUAGAAGUUGAAAAACAAACCCACCCUAGUAUUUCCCCCCCUCCCUGGUGAUUGAAUAUAUUUGCCCAGGUCAGAUGUGCACGGUGCAACUAAUAAAAUCGCUUCUUUGGCCAGGCUCCUUUGGGGACUUUAUAAAAUUUUCCUUUUAAAUGCCUUUUUAGAGUUGUGCAAUUCCAAACCUCAUAAUCCCUCGCCGAGUGUUUGAACAGCAGGAGGUGUGCAGAUGGAUUGGCUUAGUAACCAAGCCAUGGUUGCUAUCGGAGACGGAUGCAUAAUAAAAUUGGGUGCAAUAAUAUACCCCCAUAACCUUUCUAAGCAGAGCCCUUGAGUUAAGAGGGAAUGCUUCGCUCUCUUUUGCAGCUCUGAUCAUCCCAAGUGUUGCAGGUUUCCUCUCUUUACUUUGAGCAAAAUUCCUGGGUGAAUUUCCUAUUUGCCUCUGUGUACAUGUUAUUUAUGGCAGACACUGUACCUGACCAACAGCUCUAGAAUUGGAGGCCCGGGACUCUAUGCUGGGCUUCAGUGGAAAGAGAGAUCUGCUUAAUGUGGUCCCAGGUGAAGGAGUCUGGCGGGUUCCUAGCCGGGACCAUCGGAAGGUUCCCACAACCACUUUGUCACAUUAGUUGUGACGACAUGCUCUAAAAGGUGCCCAGUGAGUGUUAAGAUACCUCUUGAAAGAUUUUAGAUAAUAUUUCUGUAGUAAUAUAAUUUCUGUAGCUGUCUAGGAAGCAAACAAAUUUUUGUUUUGUUUUAAAAUAAGUUAAUUAACUUGUGUUCUGAGCCAAUGUGUUUUUAUGCUGCUAGAUACCUUUGGAAUAAAUGGUGGCAAACUGCUAGUGACUCUAUGAAUAGUGUGAUUCCUUGAUUUUGGAACUGCAAUACCGCUUGCGGAACAAAUCCACCUAUUUGCAUUUUUUUCUUUUUGCAUUCUCCCAUCGUUCCAAUGGAGCUUGGAAAGGACUCCUGUACAAACUUCAGUUGAUAUGAAUGUAUUGUCCAGCUUGUGGCAUUUAGGCAGAGGUGUGCAACCUGUGGCCGUCAGUGAUGUCAGACUCCAAUUCUCAUUCAUCCCAGGAAACAUGGCUAAUGGGUAAGGGAUGAUGGGAGUUGUGGUCUGGCAUCAUCUGAUCCUAAUGGUCCCUCCCAUAUCAUAAACAUUAUACUUUUAAAGCACAUUCAAAACACGUUCUUUCCCUCAAAGUAUUCUGGGUACUGUAGUUUUCCACGUGCAGAGUUAGUUCCCCGCAACUUUUGACAAACCACAGUGCCCAGAAUUCUUUGAGGGAACGAAUAUGCUUUGAAGGUAUGGUGUGUACACAGCUUAGUCCUCUCACUGUUUUGAUCACUGUCCUCUGGACAGUUCGUCAACGUCCGCCUUAAAAUGUGGUACCCACAACUGGGCAUGGUACUCCUGGAAGCAAAGCUUAGGAACAAAAAAACAUAGGGCUUCCCACAAAGUUUUACUAUUCAUUUAGGAAGUGGAAGAGAACGUUAAACUGAGGGCUGUGUUAUUUCUUAGUGCUGAGUAGCUCAGGCUUUUAGGAUCUACCUAUCCAACAGGAUAAGAGGUCAAUUACUUUAACUCCUUUUGCAGAGGCUAUCUAGGAAUUUCUGUGCACUCACUCCUGAGUGCUCUUAGUUAUGACCCUGGGAUUCGCUGCAACACCCUCAGACAUUGGGUGUGUGCAUACACACAAAUCUCAGUGUGGUAUUUGGAGAAGGGCUGUAGAUUGCUCAUCCCAAAAAGCUAUGUCUUCAGGCUUCUAACACUGUGCAAGAGGAGCAAAGCUGUGCCUCUUUUCUGGUUUUGGGUGGCAAGAUCACGCCAGCCUCUUACUACGGGGUUCCAGGGAAGGUAUUGCCUUUUAGAGCAGUGAUGCUAAGGUAACGUUUGGUUACAGAUGCACAUCCCAAAAUGUGCAACUUGCCUUUCCUUAAUUUUAUGGGCGUAAAAAUAAAAUAAAAUAGCAAUGUCUGAUAAUUCCCAUCCCAAAUGAAGUCUGAAACUGCCCUGGAGUUUGUACUUUCCAAAACAAACCCACUGAUUCAAGAUGUCCUGCCACUGUACAUUUGUAUCUGAUGUCUCGGACUGAUUCCAGACGGCUUCAUUAUGGGAUGGGUGCUCUGAUUCCUGAGGUUUUCCACAGCAUUCACCUGGCGUCAUUGCCAAGGAAAUCCAACAAGUUAAAGAAAAAAGGCCUGUUGCAAACAUCCCCCCUGAAUUCGAUGACCCAUUUGUCAUAUUAAACCUCCAAGUAGAAGCACCCAUAAUAGUCUCUUCCUGAAGUGGCGCUGCAGUUCGAAAAGCAAGGAAUUGAAUUGGGGCGAGGGAGGUGGGGGAACUAGAGGUGGCCUCCAGAUCUGGCCUUUAAAAUUUAGAGGGGAGUUGGGAAAGAAGGCAAAAACUAGCUCAACCUUUUACGCCUUGCUGUGCUUUAUUCAUAUUGCUACUUAAAACAGGUAUCUUACGAGCAAUGCUAAAAAGUGCGGUUUGCCCCUCUCCAUUUCAUGUGUAUUGCUGCUUCUCCUUUCCCACCCUCUCCUUAUUUAAGCACCUGCUUUGGAGUGUGCAGGAAAUACACAAAUAAUACCAGGCUGAUUGUGCUAUAAUGUCAUGACCACAUUCAGCUUUCUGUGGUUAGAGAGUUGGACUUAAGGCGUGAGACCAGGGACUUGGCUAUACAGCUGCAAAUGCAACAUUUUAAGUGCAUUUUAUUUGCAUUAUACAAAUUUGACACUACAUAGUGAUGGUGAGCUUAUGGCAAACUCAAUAUAUUUUUCAAAAAUAAACUUAAAUUAAAAAGCAUUUUUAUAUGUGUCUAGAUUCUGCCCAGGGCUCAAAUCCCCACUCAUCUAUUAAGCUCCCUGGGUGACCUCAGGCCAGUCACUCACUUUCAGCCUGACCUACCCUACAGGGUUCUUGUGGGAAUAAAAUGGGGAGGAAGAGAAGCCACGUAUAUCGCCUUGAACUCUUUGGAGGAAAGGUGGGAUAUGAAUGCAAGAAAAUAAAUACAUUUCCUAAUGAUACAAAACAUCCAAGAAGAGAUGGGAGGAAGGGGGGAAAUUAUUCCAUCAAAAAUUGUUGGGCAACCUUACAAAGGCAGUUUUCAAGAGCUGGUCAGCGAGCUCUUUGCAGUAAGAAUACCUGUUUUAAUUCAUUGCCUAGUUUAGAUUCCUCUUCUGUUGCUGUCCUUUUGUUUUCCUAUCUAACGUCUCCAUUCUGUGGUGCUUCCACUUCACAACAAGGCUUGAUGUCCCCCGCCCCCCGCCCCUCAAGUGUUCAGUUCAUCUUUAUUUUUUAAUAUAUAUUUUUUUAUAAUGCAUGCCGCCCUUUCAUCCGUAGAUCUCAGGGUGGUUCACAACAAAGAAAUACAAUAUAGAGACACUUUAAAUAUGUGAUAAAAACAAUAACAAAAAUACACGAACCAGUAACUCAACUCUCCCCCUUAUCAAAAGAUUGCCGUAGAUUCUCUUGGCAUUUCAGUUCAGGGGCAAGAAUAGGCAUAACUCAUGACGUGGCGCCAGUGUUAGGAAUUCAGGUCUAUAAGUUGGGCACCAUAUGGGUCCAUAAACCAGGGACACACGCACCAAUGGAGUGCAUGGCUGCCAUUUUGGGACCAGGUGGCUUGAAAGUCCUAUUUUUCAGUAUGACUUUUUGGUUCCUGAAAUUCAUUCUGAUAAAACGGAACAGAUAGUGGCAAAUAGCCAGGUGCGAAAUGCACCUGGUGAAUUUCGAACGCUGACCUGGCCUGAUCCCCUUCCCUGAAAGGCUUGUCAUACCUUUCACAACUGGCUUAGUUCUCCUGCAUCUGUACCCAAAAAGGAAACUGAUCCAGCACCAUGCAGCUUUGCUACUGAUCACCCGGGAGUAAGGAAAAAGGCUUUCCCACUACUCGUAGAACUUCACCACCUGUAAAGCACAUGCCAGUUUAAUUAAAGUACUUCAGAAAGCUACUGUGUAAGGGCAUUUGUUUAAGGCUCUAUAAAGGUAAAAAGGGACCCCUGACCAUUAGGUCCAGUUGCGGACAACUCUGGGGUUGUGGCGCUCAUCUCGUUUUAUUGGCCAAGGGAGCCGGCGUACAGCUUUCGGGUCAUGUGGCCAGCAUGACUAAGCCGCUUCUGGCGAACCAGAGCAGCGCAUGGAAUCACCGUUUACCUUCCCACUGGAGCGGUACCUAUUUAUCUACUUGCACUGGGGUGCUUGCGAACUGCUAGGUUGGCAGGAGCAGGGACCGAGCUCACCCCGUCGCGGGGAUCUGAACCGCCGACCUUCUGAUCGGGAAGCCCUAGGCUCUGUGGUUUAACCCACAGCGCCACCCGCGUCCCUUUUAAGGCUCUGUAGCUGCACCUGUUUUACUAGUACGAGAAUAGACGAGAACUCGCCGCAGACUUCACCCAGCCCAAGCACCAACACGCCACAUUUUAUCCCCACUGCAUGGAGUCUUGUUGUCAAAACGCUGCUGCUUUGUGUGCAUGCCCCCACGUUGCUUGUUUCCUGUCUUUGUAGCUUUAGCUAUACAGCAGUAACUCUUUAUGGGUGGUUAAAGUUUUUUAAGCUGAGUGGCUGCUUCGUGUGUGGUGCUCAGGCCUUGACCGCCUCUCCUUACAUGACGUUUUGUAGCCACCUUGCUGAACGCCGGGACCACGGCGACAGUGGCCUUGUUGCGCGAUGGGAUCGAGCUGGUUGUGGCCAGUGUUGGAGACAGCCGCGCCCUUCUGUGUCGCAAGGGGAAAGCCAUGAAACUGACCAUCGACCACACUCCGGAAAGGAAGGAUGAGAAGGAAAGGUACUUUGCUAGAAACCUUGGGCUGGAGUUGUUGUUUUUUUUUGGGGGGGGCGGGAAUGUAAAAUUUGUAUCCCUUGCAAAGACUGCUAAGGAAUGAAAACGAGCAGCUGUGGGCAAAUAAUAAUAAUAAUAAUAAUAAUAAUAAUAAUAAUAAUUUAUUAUUUGUAUCCCGCCCAUCUGGCUGGGUUUCCCCAGCCACUGUGGGCGGCAUCCACAAAGACCAAAAAUACACUAAGCUCUUUCACAGCAAAGCUGUGGUUGGUGUCGCUUGCGUAAAUCUGUCGUGCUAAGUGCUUGGAUAUGUACGACCGUAGUGAACGUUCCAUCCUCUCUUCCUUUCCUACUUUGUGUGUUUGCGCAAUCGAAGAAUCAAGAAAACUGGUGGUUUCAUAGUCUGGAACAGCCUGGGACAGCCCCACGUAAACGGCAGGCUUGCAAUGACCCGCAGCAUAGGAGAUUUGGACCUUAAGACAUACGGUGUCAUAGCAGAACCAGAGACAAAACGGGUUCAGGUAAGAGGCUGAGCAUCUUCCUUUUCUACACCCUGACCUCAUUUUCUUGUAAAGAUGGCACAGCACUAAAUAGCUGGCACUGCUACCAUUCCUUAGAAGUGUUUCCCACUAUCACUGCUCUUUCAGACUGUGGUACCCUGGCAGACCCUGCUGUGGCCUGGUCUAUACAGUAUCUGGACCUUGGGGGAGGGGUUUCCUGGCUAAUUUGUUUUUUUCAACAAAGCAUUUGUGCAUUGGAUAGCAUACAGAAUGUGUGUGUCAAUAAAGCCACUUUUGCAGAGUUGCCAAGUUCCAGGGAGAUGCAUUUUUGGAUGUAUACCUAUGCAUCUCGGAAUCUUUUCUUCCCUUGAGGCCCGGCUGGCUUUGAGAGGGAGGUGGGAGAGCCACUACUGAUCUCUGUUCCUGGCCAGUAUUACUCACUUUUCCUUAUAGGGUUAAUGAGGGUGAGCCAGAGAGAGAGAGAGGAAAAGAUCGGAAUGCUACCUAGGUUAAAAGUAUUUGCCCUCCCUCUAAUGGUUAACUCGGCAGGUGAGGGCCAGCAGGAUUGUAACGUAACUGGGGCCGCUCAGAAGGAAGCUCAAAAUUUUGCAGUAGUAUAGUGGUACCUCGGGUUACAGACACUUCGGGUUACAGACACUUCAGGUUACAGAUGCUUCAGGUUACAGACUCCGCUAACCCAGAAAUAGUACCUCGGGUUAAGAACUUUGCUUCAGGAUGAGAACAUAAAUCGCGUGGCGGCAGCAGGAGGCCCCAUUAGCUAAAGUGGUACCUCAGGUUAAGAACAACUUCAGGUUAAGAACGGACCUCCAGAACAAAUUAAGUUCUUAACCCAAGGUACCACUGUAUAAAAAAUAUAGAUGCCCCCAUCCCAAAACAAAAUAGCCCUAUCAAGACUGAACAUGAUUGGCCACAGAAUGCAAAGUGUGGGUUCUUUUUUGGGGGGGAGGGGUAAUAUAAAACUAGAGGGAAGGGUAACAAAAUUGAGGUUCAUGGAAAGAGGGGGCUGAUGGAACCCUGAAGAGGAUCACGCCACACUGCAACACUUUGUUGCAGCUCUCACUUGUGGAAAUAGGUAUGUUUACGUUUGUAUCACUACUGAAAGCUGGGCAUUUAGUAUACUUUUGUUUGUGUGGCGUGUCAUUUCAGUUGCACCAUGCGAGCGACAGCUUCCUGGUCCUUACCACAGACGGCAUCAACUUCAUGGUGAACAGCCAAGAAAUCUGUGACUUUGUUAGCCAGUGUCACGAUCCCACGGAAGCAGCUCACCUUGUAACUGAGCAGGUAGGCGUUUCUGCCUUUCCAACACAGAAAACACCACCACCGUCCAGUUUUGAGCAAAGCCAGUUAAGUCCGCUUGAUUCUUUUUGGGUGGAACAACCUCCUACAAACCAGUGAUGAGACAAGCCCAGUUUGUUAAACGUAUAUGGCGGUUGUGUUCCUGCAAGGAAAAUUUUCCCAUUAGGUUUUAUUGUCUUCAACAGCUAAUUGGAAGUUGCUGGUGUAGCUCAGAUACAUCACUUUCCUUUCAGUUGUGCCCUUGCUCAAGGACAGCAGGGACCCAUAGUCUUGCUUUACUGUCAGAUAUAAAGAGUUGCUUUUCGAAAACAAAUGCUGAAAAAGUCAACAGAACUGCUGCUGCCACUGUCUACCUGCUGGGAACUGUUCUCUUACUCAAACCGAGAAGAUACUAAUUUUGAACAAUGCAGGCAGUCAAUGGAUGUAUUUUCUACCGUAUCUAGUCAGCUGGAAUCCAAAAAAAUAAAUCCAUACACAACGGUCUGCGUUGUUUUAUUUCCCCCCAAAAUCUGAAGGUCACUGUUCCCCACAUUUAUUGAUAGCGUAACUUAGGAGUAACUGAUGUGGGGAUCCCUUGGAGGCUGUUGGACCCCAGCUCCCAUCAGCCCUAGCCAGCAUUGCCAAUGGUUGUAGGAACUGCAGCUACGUUAAGCUAGUGGCAUCCAGAUGAUGAUGAACAAAAUUGUAUUUUAUUUUAUUUUACCGUUAUGAAGAUUGUUAUUAAACAGUAUCCACCCCGUGUUAAAACUUCUGUGGGCUAUUCUUUCUCCUCCCACACCACCCUGUGAUGCUUUUGCCCCAUGUUGAAAUUCAGAGACUUCUAAAAGGGUCCAACAUGCAGAAAUGUGCAGAGUGGCUGAAACUGAUGGGUUGUUUUUGUAUCAACACCCUUAUCAAUCCGUUCCUGUUUAUUAAUAGUCACAGACUUCAGUUUCUAGAAAGUAUGUACUGAUAACAAGAUUAGGUUCAGAUCCUGAUUUUAGUAGUUUGUAAAACAGACCACCUCAGCGCAAGGUACUUUAUGGAUUGUCCAGUUUGACUGAUCCAUCUAAGUCCAUUUUAUUUCUCUCCUGCUCGUCAUUCACAAUUGGGAAACUUGUGUAUUUAUGCAUACAUUUCCUCUUUUGACAGAAGUGGAUAAAAUUUGAAGGCGGGGUAAGCCCUCCAGUGUAGGCAAAGCCUGCCAAAUCACAGGCAAUGAAGUCCAAUUGUUUUUACGCCUUUGGAAGGUGUUUGGAAUGGGAGGCUAUAAUGUAGCCACAAUUUGGGGGGUGGGACUUCCCUUGAAUUUGAAUUAUCUGGGGAAUACAGUAGAUGUUUGUGGACACCAGUUCCCACCAGCCUCAGGCAACAUGGCCAACGAUUGGGGUGAUGGGAAUUGUAUUCCGGCAGCAUUGGGCAGGCCACAGUUUCCCCCCAUCAAUCUGUAGUUGAAAGAAUACAGCCGAACAGGGUGAAGGGCUAAAGCUUUGUGCCUUUUGCAAUCUCUCCCUCAGGCCAUACAGUAUGGAACGGAAGAUAACAGCACUGCCAUCGUCGUGCCGUUUGGAGCCUGGGGCAAAUACAAGAACUCUGAGGUCAACUUCUCAUUCAGCCGGAGCUUCGCCUCGAGCGGGAGAUGGGCCUGAGUCGCUGCUGCUGCUACGAGAUGUGGACUGGACUGUCCUGUAGGAGGCCUCGCAAGGCAGAGAGCAGAUCUGUAGAUAGUUGCGUCCAUCUCUCUCUCCCAGCACCUUGUGCUUUCUGCCUGGGUAGAAAACCAUCGUUAACUUGAUGUUGCCUCUUUAACAAACACGUCUGCUACUGCUUAAUCUCAGAGCCAGCGAUUUUCGCCCCCUCCGUCCAACGUAGAUAAUUCUGUCUGAUUCUUUGGCACAGACAAGAUGCUGGCUCUUUGCACCUGGCUGACAAACCCUCUGAAGGGGUUUUUACCCAAGUGUUUCUUAUGCACAGCGUAUGUUUUUAGAGGAUGAGAGAGAGAGAGCGAAGAGGCCAAAGGGGCUCUCUUAAUUUGCACAGUGCGAAAGGGAGCAAGCGCACAAGGAGAGGAAAGGUGGCGUUUCAUCUUCUCCGCUCUCACAAGUCUUUCCUUCCCUAUUUGAACAGAAGUAAGAGAAAGCCAGGAGAUUUGGAGGCAAUGUGGCUGGCUGUGCUUUGCUUUGCUCAGCCUGCUGGCACCAGGUUAACCACCAAAGCUGACUUUGGUUUUGGUUAGUCCAGUUCCGGAGAGAAAGGGAUCUUGGUCUCAGGGCUAAGACUCCGUUCAGUGGAAGUCAAACAGAAAAUAUCAGCUGUGUGUAUGUGUGUAAUGUCCUGUCCUUAAGUCCAAUUUCUCAUAAGCAGAAUGUGGCUUUUACACUUGGGCUGAAACCCAUGUCUAUUCCUCUGUCUGUGGGUUUAUAAUUGGAGAACCACGCCAUAACCCUCAAGGCAGAAGUGGACACAACACUAACAGGGAUUGUGGCAAUCGUCACGUUUCUUCCGAAAGGCGGAAGCAAUGUAGGUUUUCUGUAUUUAUUUGUUUUUUCUUUAAAUAUAUCAAUACUAAGAAAUCCCCUUUUUAAAAAAAAUACUGCUUUUCAGGAGCUAAACCCUUUCAAAGAACAUCUUGUUCUUCAGUUCUUUUUCAGAUGUUGCUUCUCUUUCAGAGCCACUGAAAAAUGCACAGAGUUAACUUGGAUGGGGACAUGUUGCCCAGUGGGUAUUCAGUGUUCGAUUGCACAGCGGUUGAAGUUCCUAAGGGAUUUCUCUCCCUCUUCCCAAGUUAGCAAAAAGUUGAGGAUACACUUUGGAAGGGAGAUUUUUGUAAGGGAACGGGUAGGGUUAUAUUUGGACCUGCCACUCGUCUUAAUGAGAAUUUCACUUUAGAAGCAAAUGCUGGAGGGAAGCAAAAGGUUUAAAUGAGGUAAGUAGAGUUUCUCCAGGAAAUUCUACACUUCCCCCACUUCAAAUGUACCACGGGGAGACCAAGGGAACAAUCGGCAUUCCUUGGCAGGACUUCAGUAGGUUUCAUGUAAUAGAGGCCAAGGAUAUGAUUCAGAGUGUUGUGUCACAGAGACCAUUCACACCUCUAGAUCAUGGGUAGCCAACAUGACAGCUGCAGGUAUUGUGGACUGCAGAUCCCAUAAUCCUGACAAUUGGCCAUGCUGGCUGGGACUGCUGGAAGAUGGAGCCCCAGAACACCUGGUAUAUACUGCUAUAUACUGUCGGUACUAGAGGCUGUCCACAAUAGUUCUUCAUUUCUGACAUAGAUACUUUGACCAUAAAUACUUGGAAUUGAAAAUGACCACCACAAAACAGUAAGAGUUGUUUCACAGUGGGACGUUCUCCCUGGAAAGGUGGUGGACUUUCCUUCAUUGAAGGUUUUCAAGCAGAGGUUGUAUGGGCCUUCAGACAUGGGUGCUUUAGUUGAGAUUCCUGCAUUGCAGGGGUUUGGACUAUAGAUGACCCACAAGGCCCCUUCCAACUCUACAAUUCUGUGAUUCUAUGAAAACCCAGAAUUAAGCCGCUAUAAAGUUACCUAGCACUGAGGUGUAGCAGUGCUGAGCUCUUUUAGCUGAACCCUGAUCGCAAUGUGAACCCGUGGACUUGCUGCUUGAUGCCAGUACUAAUUAGAGCCACACCUUUUGCAUAAAUCAUUCCAGUUUCACUUCUGCACAGCUGCUCAUAAAGCUUCCUGUUGAAAACCACAAAGUACUUUGGAAACGGUGCCCUGGGUCCUGUUCUGGUGUUAUCUUGUGUGUAUUCUACAUGUUUGUAUAUAUGAUAUAUAGAGAGAAAUGAUAUAUCUACUUUAUAAGUAAAAGAAUAUGUUAAAAAAUAUUUGCAUCCAGUCCUGUUGCGCUUAGUCCCUGCAACGGCACAUAUGAAAACGGUUUCCCUCUUUGCUACUUCCCAGGUUGUUGGGACCUGGGCUGAGAAAGGGCUAAAGUGUAUGUCCCUAUGGAGUCAGGGUGAUGUAUUAUCCCGUGUGAGGAGAACAUUGACCUCUCUCUGUUGGGGUUUGUUGCCUUUGGAGAUCUUGUUGUAUAAAAACAGCAACCUUUUUGUGCGCGUCCAAUUGAUGCACAGCCGCUGAAGCGUGGGUCAUUUGGGAUCCGGAAGGGUGGGCUCAUGCUCACUCCAUCGACAUGCACAGGGGCCAUUAACAGAGAGAGCCCCACCCCCCCACAAAAUGGUCCCUGCCUGUCUCCAAAUUUGGCUACCUAGUUAUGUGGCAUUGUGUUAAUCGAAUGAUCCCUCAUUGGCUGGGAUUGUUCCAUUGGCUCAAAGGCUGCGUUAGAAGAAAUAUUUGUCACAGUCCUAACAAAGUUUCUGCCACCAGCACUUAAGUCUUCUAGCCCACUAAUGUGUACCAACACAACAAAAAACAAACCUAUGGUCACGUAAAGCCUACUCAAUAAGCACACAAGAUGUAACCGGCUAUGUUCUUAGAUAAAUAAGGUAUACUAUUCAUUGUAUCAAAUCAUAAAUUUCAACAGAAGUAACUCAUAAAGUUCAACAAAUGAACAAAGCAGAAGACCCAGUAGAUCAGAUCAUUCUCUAAUCAGUUUUUGCAUAAGGUCCAUUUGUGUAAUAGUGUCUAUUCCACCUGUCUGUUCAUAAGGUCCAAACAAUCCACAUGAAAGGUUGUUACAGUUCCACAGAAUCCUUUUGCAGAGUCUAAGACAAGGAUUUCUGGAAUAUUGACCUUGUUUUGCCACCCUGGGCUUCAUCAGUAGUUAAAACUCUAAGUAAUACAAAUAAAUACAAUAUCGUGAUCUCACACAUUUUAUAGCAAAAAUAAUAUAAAACCAUAAAUAACUGUAUAUACCAUAUGUGAUAUUACAGGACAGUGGAUCUUAUGGCAUAAUAGUAGCUGCGGUAAGCAGCAACUGUUACAAAGUAGGGUUAUAUGAACAAGCACAAUAUUGAUUUACAGGUGUUGGCAAUCCACAGAUACAGAAUAUCUUUCUUAAAGUGACCUAUAUGGCACAGCAAAAGUAAAACAAAUUUAAUCCAUGCUCAGAUGUUAUACAUAUAAACAUUAAUACAAACUCAUACAUUAAUGUAAACAAUUUUUGGAUCUAAAGUAAUAGCAAUCCACAAAUGCACAAUUUUGUACUCAAAAUUUGAGACAAUGAGUAGUAUACCUUAUUUAUCUAAGAACACACCCAGUUACGUCUUGAUUGAAGAUUCACGAAUGUGUACCAGCAUGUCAUGGAAUAAAUGCAACAGUCGCAUUUCCCAAACUGCGCAGAAAUAACCACCAGUGGCUACCUGCAGAGAGGCCUUGACCGUGCUGUAUGCAAACUGCGCACUGGGCUUUGUUUUUGUUGAAUGAAAAUGCCUUUUCUUUCAUUGUGUGCCGGAAGAACUUUGCCUGUAUUUUGCACAAAACUUGGAGCUUUGGUAAGCGAAUGGGUGGUUGAUUUGGUUACAAGGGAUUUGAUCAAACUAAAUGUAGGCAGUGGGGAGCAAACUUAAAGUAUUCAACCAAACUGAAUUAAUAGGUGUUAGUUUUUAGGGUGGGUGAGUGGGUUUCUGGGACUGGGGAUGAGGGAAGUUCAAUUGCUUUUGAUAUUACUAAACCAUAGAUCCUUUUAUCACGUUGCUGAAUGUACUGGAGAGAGGGAGACCCUCUCCUGGGGAGUCAAAGUUGGGAGCUUGCAAUGCCUCCCCAAAGGUGAGAUGACAAUGUAAGGAAAUUCCUGCAUAUGUAGAGUGUGACUUGGCAGCUUCAUGCAUCGGAACUGACUUGUUGGAAGUACUGAAGUGCACUUGUGUAAAUUGUGUUGCUUACUUUUUGCCUUGGUGAGAAUGUAGAUAUUUGAAUGUUGAUUGUUCAGGUUUGGGGGUGGGGCAUGCAAACUUGUUGGGUGGCCCAAAUGCAGGCUCCCCCCCCCCCCGCUGCAUUUUUGCAGAGGCUGUUGGCAGACCAUGGUUAACUCUUUCCACGCUGGGGCUUAAUGAGAAACCCCCCUUGCUCUCUGUCAGGAAUGUCUACCGAAGGCAACACCAUGGUCUGCUAGCACGUAUGUUUAAAAAUCAACAGCAGUGUGUACGAUAAAGUUUCUUAAUGGUCGCUGUGAUUGGAUGCGGACAUUUCUAUUGUGGAUUCUGUGGCCCAGCUGCUGCAUCAUUUUAAACAGUUGCUUUGUUUAAAAAAAUAUGUGGAAGCAGGUUGGAGAUGAAAGAGUAUUUUAAUAAACAGCUUGCUCCUAAAGA